AUGGUUUUAAUCGCCGCUGGGGUAUUCUCAAAAUCGGGAAAGGCGCUCGUCGCUCGACAAUUCGUUACCGAUAUGACGAGGGCUCGACUCGAAGGACUACUCGACGCUUUUCCGAAGCUUAUCGGCAAUGAUAAAGAUGCUUCCAGCCGCCAACACACUUUCGUGGAAACUGAAAGCGUCCGAUACGUGUAUCAUCCGCUCGAUAAUAUCUACGUUGUUCUCAUCACCACGAAAAACUCGAACAUUUUGGAGGAUCUCGAGACAUUACGGCUCUUUUCACGCGUCAUUCCCGAAUAUUGCCGUUCAAAUGACGAGAAAGAGAUUCUCGCGCAUGAUUUCGACUUGAUAUUCGCGUUCGAUGAGGUUGUGACACUUGGCUAUCGCGAGAGCGUCAAUCUCGCCCAAAUUCGAACCUUCACUGAAAUGGACUCGCACGAGGAGCGCGUUUUCAUGCAGAUCAAAGAAGCUCAGGAGAAGGCGGCGAAGCAGGCGAUGGCUGAAAAGGCCAAAGAGCUCAAGCGACAACAGAAGGAGGCGCUUAGCAGGGGUCUGAAAUCGGGAAGCUAUCAAUCGUCGACGGGCAUCUCGUCGUCAUCGACAGCGCCGACGGUGGUUUCCGAGGUUCCUAAGACGAGCACCUUCACGCCGGUGUCGAAGACUCGCGGACCAAUUGGAGGUGGAAAAGCGCUCAAGCUCGGCGGAAAGACGAACGAUGAAGACGCGUUCCUGAACCAAUUGCGACAACAGGGACAAUCUAUUGCUCCAGUUGAGAAGACGAGCAUCGGAGGCUCAUCGACUGCUGCCGCUCAGGCGGCUCCAGCGUCACGCGUUAAGCGCGAACCGAUCCACGUGCGAACCGACGAGAAGAUCAACGCGCGCGUCAGCCGCGACGGUGGUUUGGAGUCGGGCGAGGUGCUCGCCACCGUCUCGUUGUGCGUCGCCUCGCCGGAAUUCAAUGGCGUGUCGCUGCGAAUGAACAACGCGUCGGUCGCCGGCACCCAACUUCAGGUGCAUCCGAAUCUCGACAAAAAGGAAUGGCAGACGAGCUCGGUGCUCAAACUCAAAACCAAUGGCAAACCGUAUCCGGUGAAUAAUGACGUCGGAAUAUUGAAGUGGAAAAUGGUGCUCACCGAGGAGGAGCAACUUCCGAUUGCAUUGAACUGCUGGCCGCAGGAAUCAUCAGACGGAUGCCAAGUGAACAUUGAAUACACGCUUCAACGAGAAGACAUCACCCUGCAUAAUGUUCGAAUCGUCGUACCACUACCAGCCGCAACUUCUCCGGUUGUUAGCGAAUGCGAAGGAAACUAUGAGUACCAGAAAACUCGCAAUAUCAUCGUUUGGACGAUUCCAGUAAUUGAGAGCUCCAACUCGUCGGGAACUCUUGAGUUCACGGUUCCCAAUGGUCAUUCGGACCAUUUCUUCCCGGUAUCGGUUGGAUUCAACACGGAAGACUUGUUUGUUCCGAUUACGGUCGCCGAGGUGACAAAAUCGGAUGGAUCGCCGGCGGUGUUCUCGGCGGAAACCUCAUUUGUUGCCGAUAACUUUGAAAUUGUUUAA